AUGCCAGUUAAUUCUAUUUCGGAAACGAAAAAAGGUGUUGAAAAGUCUAAAUUCCCACUAUCCUUAAACAGAAAUAAUGCAACACUCUUGAGCAGCGAAAAUAGAAGACCACAUAAUUUAAAAGAUAUUUCUAGCUCUUUUAAAGCAUCCGAGGAGAAUAAAGAAAAUAAACCAGUGAAACGACCAUUAAACGGCACUUAUUUUAAUACUUUGAAUGCUGCGAAGAAACUGAAACCAUUGACAGAAACACCGAAACCUACCGAUUCUGAGCUGAUAGUAUUAGAGCAGUCGCCAGCCAGCUCUGCCAUGUUGAAUGGCCACCAUCCAACGGAUAUUCAGUAUGGAGGAGGAACACAAUGGAAGGCCCCAAUUGCUACGUUAUCAAACCUGGGAAACACAUGUUUUUUAAACAGUGUUUUAUAUACAUUGAGGUAUGCGCGACGGUUUCUCCAUAAUCUCCACCAUCUUGUAUCAGACCUGGCCAGUGUGGAACAGAAACUAGGCAGUAUAAGGUUAAAGAGCUCCUCCCUGGGUCGAAGUGCAGCUGGACUGGCUUCUUCUGGAGCUAGGUCAUGGAGCAGUAAGGACUUACUUUCACUUGGACAGUCGGAUAAUAGUUCUGGAAAAAGUAAAAUUCAGAUAGCUACAGAGAAACUGCAUGAGACCUACCUGAACCUGCGAGCAGCUGAAAGCAAGUGUUUAAACAGUGGCUCGGGUGAUGCUAGUCCUGAGCCUUACGCCGCUGAUGCCUUUCUCGCUGCGCUUAGGGAUGUUAACUCUACAUUUGAGGGUAACCGACAGCAAGACGCGCACGAACUUCUAGUAUGUAUAUUAGACAAUAUCAGAGAAACCUGUCGAGCGCUCAGUUCUCGUGCUUCACGUCUACAGUUACAUGAAAAUGGUGAUAGCAAUGGUCUAGGUCGCCAGCCCACCAUAGAUGGUGAUGCUGGUAAGCCAACACUUGGCAACUUACGCAAAUCCUGGAAAAAACGUAAGGAAAUUAAGGCAAGUGAGAAGCGGCACUCGCCUACAGAAGAGCGAGCUCCUUCUCCUGCCGAUCCAGAAAGGGAAGAGCGCUCACGCCCUGGUUGGGACUUUGUAGCUGAUGACUUUGAAGGUAGAUCAAAAUUUUGA